AUGUCUGACGAUGAAAUGGAAAAAUUUGAAAUUACCGAUUUUGAUUUGGACAAUGAAUUUAAUAUGAACAGACCCCAAAGACGACUAACUAAAAAUCAAGCAAUUUACGGAAUUUGGGCCGAUGAAGAAGGUAAUGAUAGUGACGAUGAACCUUCAGGUUUUGGGGGCCGUAGAAACAAAGAUAAGAAAUAUAAACAAAACUACACUGCUCCCGUUUCAUUUGUUGCUGGAGGAGUUCAACAGGCUGGCAAAGAUAAAAAAGAAAUUAAAACUGAAGAAAAAAAGGGCAACGGGUUACACAAUUUGGAAGAUAAUAUUUCUGCAUCUAGUGAUGAAGAAAAGCCAGCAUUUAGUUUUGAUAUUGAUCAAGAAGUGGCAGGAUUACGAAAGAAACGAUCUCAAGUAAACUCAAGACUAAUAGACAAAGGAUUAGGAGAUUGGGAAAAACAUACAAAAGGAAUUGGAGCAAAAUUGUUGCUCGGGAUGGGUUACCAACCAGGUCAGGGUUUAGGAAAAAAACUUCAAGGUAUUCUGGCUCCAAUUGAAGCAAAUUUAAGAAAAGGAAGAGGAGCUAUUGGUGCAUAUGGUCCGGAAUCUAAAACUAAACCAAUGAAAAUAGAAAAAAUAGCAGAGAAAUCAAAAGAUAACAAAGUACUUGUAAGUGGUUGGAGAAAAGCACGUAAAGCCGAAAAACUUCAAUAUAAUUAUAAAACUGCUGAGGAAGUAAUUGAAGAAAGCAAACAACCAGGACAAAGAAAACGAGAAUUCAAUGAACUAAGUAGAGUAAAAGUAAUUGAUAUGACUGGUCCAGAACAAAGAAUUUUAUCUGGAUAUCAUGCUAUAUCAGGUGUUAAAAAGCCAAUAGAUCAGUGGGAAAUUCGAAAAGAUAAAAAAUACUCAAAUUUUGAUCUACCCGAAUUAUUACACAAUCUUAACCUAUUAGUUGAAAUAGCUGAACAAAAUAUUGUUACUAAUAAUCAAGAACUUUGUGAUUCAGAGGAUCGGCUUAUUGUUAUUGAACAAGAAUCUAAAAAAUUAGGAGAAAAUAUAAGUGAAAAAAAUAAUUCAAUUGAAUCUCUUGAGAAAAUGAUAGUUAUAAUGGAAUCUAUAAAUGAUGCAUUAAAAAAAAAAAUGUUGGAUAGUAGCCGAGCUAUACAACUUUGCACAGAAAUGAAAGAAAAUUACUACCCAGAUUAUCGGUUGAAUGGUGGAUCAGUUUUUGCUUUAUCAAUUUCUCAAAUAUUGAUUAAAGAAAUGCUAUCUACAUGGGACCCAUUACAAGAUCCAACUAUGCCCUUCAAAGAACUCAAUAAAUGGAAAGAAUUAUUAACUUUAAAUGAGCCAUGUGCUGUUGGUUUUCAGUCAAGUGAUGAAUUUCAAACAUUAAUUUGGCAAGAAUGGGUACCUCAAGUUCAAAAAGCAUGCAGGCAGUGGAAUUGUCGAGAUUGUAACAGUAUGUUGAAACUUAUUGAACAAUCAUCUGAAUUAAUACCAUCUGACAUAAUUAAUCAUGUUCUUGAAAAUAUGAUUUUACCACAAAUACAGUUGGAAGUUGAACAAUGGGAUCCAUUGACUGAUAUUGUACCAAUCCAUUUGUGGAUUCACCCUUGGCUGCCAUAUUUAAGUAAACAUUUCGAAACAAUUGUUUAUCCUACACUGAGACAAAAAUUAAGUGUAGCAUUAAAUGCCUGGCAUCCAUCUGACAACUCUGCUAAGUUGAUGCUUCAACCAUGGUUAAAGGUUUUCCAGCAAGGCUACAUGGACGCUUUUCUAAUUAAAAAUAUUGUUCCUAAAUUACAAGCUGCUCUGCAUACUUUUGUUAUCAACCCACAUCAUCAACAAUUAGACAAUUGGAAUUGGGUCAAUGCAUGGUCAGAUGUAUUACCAUUACCCACAUUAGUGGAAUUGUUAGACCAACAUUUUUUUCCAAAUUGGCUUAAAACCCUUACUAUGUGGAUAAAUAUGAAUCCCAACCAUGAACAAAUAAGUAACUGGUACACAGGAUGGAAGUCUUUAAUGCCUGCUGUUAUUGUUGAACAUCCAACUAUUAAAGGGAGGUUUCAUUCUGCUUUAGAUAUAAUGAGCCGAGCAGUUGGAGGACCUUCUAUGCCACAACCACCUCCACCACCUACAAUUCACGGUGGUCUUGCUGAAGCUGUACGUACUGCAUCACAAAUGCCGCAUGGCUUUAAAGAAUUAGUACAAAAGCGUUGUGAGGAACGGGGUAUUUUAUGGAUGCCUAUUUCUGGUCGUUUUAGAGAAGCUAAACAAGUAUAUAGAUGUGGAGCAAGGCUUCAAGCAUUUAUUGACCGUGGCGUUUUAUUUGUAUGCCAAGAUGGAAUAAAUUUUGCUCCAAUGUCUGUACAAUCCAUGUUAGAACUAUGUGAAUAA